AUGGAAGCGACGGUGGCUCCAAAGAAAAAAGACGCCACGCCAGUGACUUUAGGGAUGGAAGAUAACAAUGAUGAGUGGGGUUCGUUCACAUCCCUAUGGAGGAGACGGCGAUCUCCUCUUCAUUCCACGAUCCCCACUUUUACUCUUUAUGCAUCUCAGGGCUUCUUCUUCAGAAAUUUUGAUGCUUUCGGCAAUUUGAGCUCUAAUGAUGGUUCACAAACUGAUCAAGUUGGUAUGAAUUCUGAAGUUGCAUCUGUAAUUAUGGAAUUCACCGAGCCAUUUAGACAAGAUGAUGAUUAUGAAAAUGAAGAAGAAGAAGCAGAGCAUAUGAACACGGUUAAUACCCAUCCUGUGCUGCUAGUUGCAGCUAUUGAUAACUCUGAAGGGUUGCCACCUACAAUUAGGCGUUGUUUCAACCAUGAAACGAAAAUGGGAGGUUUGACUGAAGACCAGAGAGUGGAAAUGCUAUCCCAAUCACUUCACCUUAUCUCUGAAUUAGUUCCAGAUACUUGUACAGAGGAUGUUGUAAAAGAUAUGUUUGGACAGACUUUUGGUUUCAUGCCAAGGGAUAUUAGGGCUUUAGUUGCUGAUGCUAGUUCAAGUUUGAUUCCUAUUAUGGCAGUAGCUUUGAGAAGUUGGGUGACAGCAAAGAAUUCAUGGUCAAAGCUUUGGAGCGGUCAAAGAAAAGGAAUGCAUCGGCUUUGGGGAAUCCCAAGGUGUGUCGCUAAUGUUAAGUGGGAGGAUGUUGGUGAGCUGGAAGAUGUGAAAAAAUCUAUUCUUGAUACAGUUCAGCUCCCCUUUCUGCAUAAAGAUUUGUUUUCAUAUGGGCUACGUAACGCCUCUGGUGUUCUUCUCUACGAUCCUCCUGGUACAGGGAAAGGCAGCUUUCAUGAAUGGGAACGCAUCAGCGGGGAACAAUCCUGGCUGAGAAAGGAACUCCUUUCCAAUUGCGAGAGCAUUGAAUGGCAGGUGGAUGAGCUGGAAAAGACUAUUUUUGUAGCUACUAGAGAUCCUUCUUUGUAUGGUAUAAAACAAUUGGAACUUGAAAAGCGAAGGAAGUGUACCACUACUGCUCCGAUUCAGGAGAAAAUUAUAGAGGAUUUGGGUUCAGAAAUGGAAAGUACAUCUAAUCAUCUUGAUUUUGUUCAGUUAUGUGGUAGUAAUCCUUCUGAGGGGGUGUUUGUUGGGCUGCUUCUUUCAAUGUCAUUAACAACAGUGGUUUGAAGUUUUUGAUGGAAAAGAAUAGUGUUAAUGCUCUUCAUAGAAAAGUAUGUUGGUAGUUUAGGAAAU